GUUUUAACGGCUUCGUCUUCCGCACCAAAACCUUACCAUAGCCUCAUAUUCGAGCCUGGCAGCGUACUCGAAAGCCUUGGAUGAUCUCAUCCCUGUGUACGUGUCUCGGUGUAUACUUUUGGGGAUGAUCGAGCCAAUUACUAUUUCUAUCUUGCGUUCCCUUCUCCUUCAGCCUGACAUUUCUCGCCUCUCUGGUUGCCAGCAGCGAAUCGGCUCUAUGAAGCCUUUCCCCCCCAAUAUACGACAUUUUAAUUACAUGUGAUCCUGAAGACCCUCAAUCACAAGUUGAAGCUGGCUUUUCUGAAGCCGCCACAGACUCACCCGAAUUUGGACAUCGUCGCGCUGGGCAAGUUGGAUAAGCCACGGCUGGGUUAUAGGUGGAUCUAAGACAAGGGCAUCGUGAUGGUUCACUCAAGGCUCAUCCGGCCACUCGUGGUCGUCUCUGGCUUGACCCCGUUAUCCCUCGCCGCUUUCCAACAAGUUAGCAACGACCAAUGCAAUUGCUUUCUCACAAAUGGAAGCAGGGCGGAAUACUUCAAGAGCCAUAAGUUUUUUGACUACCGGGAGAAAUCUGAGUAUGCCACAGUGCCAGCCCUCAUCGAUGAUCCAGAUGAUAGUAGUGAAGCCGACCCGAGUAGCGACUACUUCUCUUCCAAUGAGUGGGUUGAUAAUUGGACUCUACAAAAUUGGAAUAACAAAGCCUCACUAUCCAGCAACGUGAGCGAUGCGACGACCCUAAUGGUCAAUUCGCCUAACAAUGUCUAUUUUGAGAAGAAUAAUGACCCGGAUGCCGACUCAAGCACAUUCCUAACAAUGAGAACAGCACGCUUGAAAGACUUCCAGACGGCGUCUGAGUUUGAGUCCACGGUUCGAAAUUAUCAUUUCCUAUCGGUCAGAAUGUAUGCGAGGACAAUCGGUGCGCCGGGUGCGGUAACCGCAAUAUUUACCUACAGAGAUAUCGCCAACAAUACCGAUCUCACCAAGGUUCAGGAAUCAGAUCUGGAAAUCAGAACAAUGGGUCCUCACGAUCAUGUCCAAUUCACAAACCAGCCGGCAGAUACUUCCGUGGGCCUUGAGGUCCAGGAAGCCACCCGAAACGUUACGAUCCCGAAGAAGAGAGACUGGACAAAUUGGACCGUGUACCGAAUGGAUUGGAGCCCGGGAGCUACGACUUGGUAUAUUAACGGUGACGAAGUCGCCUCCAUCUCCUUCCAGGCACCCCGCGAUCCUAGUCUUCUCAUUCUUAACUCGUGGUCAGACGGCGGAUCCUGGACAGGCAAUAUGAGUGUGGGAAGGGAGGCUUAUCUUCAGAUCCAAUGGAUUGAAAUCAUUUACAAUACGACCGACUCUUCAACAUCGAAGAGAGAUGACCAGGCUUGUGUUAACAUUUGCAGCAUCGACGAGACGGAAAAGAUAGGUUUCCCAGUGCUUCUACAAGGCGGUGCUUCGAGCAUCCUAGGGCAGAUGAGAAGUUACGCCGGUAUGGUCUCGUGGGUCUCUAUAUUAUCUAUGGUUACAGCUUUCUGGUAGAUUCCAUCUGGAAUAGGGGGUGUAAAAAAACAGCAUUGGGCCUUGGGAAUGUCUCUAUUAGUAUACUGUAGAUGUUAUUCACUCUCAGAAUGUACCUAGAAUACUAAUAACUUGUUAUUCGUCAAAAUACACAGCGAAUAUUUACA